CAUGAACUAAAUAAAAUUAGAGGGCUUAAAAGGAGCAGACGUUUCAAUUCGCGACCUGCUUUUCACAGUUGGCGACGUUUAAGUAUCUACGUCGUUAGUACCGAUUGACUUCAAUUCAUCAAAACAUAAAUGAGAGUCGUGUUCUGAGAAAACUGGGCUUAAUGCAUGUGCGUAAAGUGUCAUCCCAGAUUAGCCUGUGAGGACUGCACACUUUCCGCCUAAACUUGAUUUUCGGGUGAGGUCAGUUAAAUGUGCCAACAAGUCAAAUGUGCAGCAAGGUUUUAAACAGCCGCUUCCGGUGUCCAGACUGUGCAGUGAAGCUCUUCUGCUUCCCAUGGGCAGGAGGCGGUGCUGUGUUCUAUGCAAACUGGGGCAAAACCUUGCAGCCAAAUAUUGAAGUCCAUGGUGUAUGUCUAACCGGGCGUGAAAACAGGUUUAAAGAUCCUGUCCCAGCCAAUAUAGAUGAAGUCGUCGAAGAAAUAGUCUCAGCCAUUCAAAAGGAAACUCAAGAUACCCCGUUUGCGUUUUGGGGUCACAGUUUCGGAUCUCACAUGGCCUUGGUCACUGCACUUCGACUAAAAACCACCAGCGGACGCGAGCCUGUCCGCCUGUUCGUCUCCGGGGCAUCCCCGCCGCACUCAGCCCAAAGAAAAGUGACUAUAGACGUACGUGAUUAUACCGAUGAGCAGUUUAUUGAAUUCCUCAGAAAAAUAGGUGGUACACCUCCUGAGAUUCUUGACAAUAAGGACUACAUAUCGCUGUUUUUGCCACCUCUAAAGGCCGACUUCGACAUGUUGUAUCAAAUAGGGGCUAAAAUUGGAAGCUCGUGUGCACGGGAACUGACCUGCCCUGUGGAUGCCUUCGACGGAGAGGCCGAUAACCAGCACGAUCUUGACGCAUGGGCUGAUGUCACCACAGGCCCGUUGAAGAAAACAUUCUUUCCUGGCGGACAUUUUUACUUUAAAGAUGAUUCUAGCUCUAUGCGCCUACUGAACAUAUUUUCUGAAACGCUAAUGCUUUAAAAAGGAAGCAUAGAGUUUUCUUUGCAUUAUUUGUUGUAUUUGUUGAAAUAGUAAACGGAUGUGUAACGUGAGCCUAGUUCUGUGAUAACUUAGCCUUAUGAAUGUUCCUAAAGUGUCGUGACAGAUUAUAGAAUGCAUUCUGCACAGGCUAAUCAGGGACGACAGUUUACUCAUAGACCUUUUCGCCACUCAUGACAUUGGCAAGUAUUUGUGACGUUAAAUGAUCCGUAAUGAAUUCAUACUUUUCUGUUUAAUUUUAGUAAACUGUAUUCAAAUAAUUAACAACAUUUAUAAAUUAAAA